UUCGGAAGAAAGGUCUCUGAUGCAAAUCAACUACCUGGAACCUCCGGUUUUGCUGGUGCUUAAUGAGAUUCUAAAACUCAGAGAAACCAAACGGAUAGAAGAGCGUGCUAGUUUUGAGUUUAUCGACCUCAAUACCUUAAUGAAUAUUGAGCUACAUGAUCGUUCUCGGGCUAUCAUUAUGGGGACUGGUUGCCUUCGGGCUGGAGCUACUUUUUCACAAUUUGGUUUUGUA